GGAGAACUCAAAUUCAUUAUAUUCAUAGAUGUAAUAUCGUAUUUGCAUCGAGAAGAAGAUUAUAUAGCAUGGUAUCCUAUGUUUAAAGCUCUGGAAUACAUAUUUAGCACUUUUUCUGUAGCCAUGAUGCAAGUUAAAAUGUGGACUUUUAAGAAUUACAUAAACCAUGCAUUAAACGAGGUACUUAAAAGAAUCAAAUAUGAAGAAAUUGAUGAUAGUGACGACCUUAGAAAAUGUUUACGACAAGAAGCUGCAAGAUGGGCAUGUUUUCUCGGCGACUUCAAAUGUAAGACAGAAGCCAACAAUAAAUUAGUACAACAUCUACAAAAUUCUAUAAAGCACAAACUUUUGCCAUGGUGGAAGGAAUGGACAUAUUGUAACGGUUUCAUGAUAAUCAACGAAAAAAUCAUUUGGCAAUCAGUGUAUGAUGUAGGAUUGAAUAAAUCUGACACUAAAUUUUUAGAAUACUUGGCUUGCUCUGAAGAUACUGAUGUCAUCAAUAAUUAUUUAAACAAUCUAAUAUACUAUUACCAACAAUUAUAG